AUGAACUUGGACCCGCGUCCGAGUGUAUAUCAUCCCUCCCCAUUCCUCAAAGCAAACCAGCUUUCACUGCAGUUCCCUCGCCGUCUCCUCUACCAGAGGCCAUCGCCACUAUCGAUCCCACCCCUUCAUCACAACCAUCCAUGUCUCGCACAAUCACGCUGGAAGAGGUCGCAAAACACAACAGAGCCGAGUGAGUUUGUUGCCCUAUCCCCUCAGGAUGUGGCUGAUCUUUACACGAACAGUGACUGCUGGGUCAUCGUGGAUAACAAAGUCUACGACGUCACCGACUUCAUCCCGGCACACCCAGGAGGAGCCAGGAUGCUGCUCAACUUCGCCGGCCGCGAUGCGACGGCCGCCUCACGACCAUUUCACGCCCCUCCACGUAUCGCCGCCGCCCUACCCGCGCACAAACACCUCGGCGAGCUCGAUUACAACAGCAUCAAAGCGCUUAAAAAAUCCGGACGCGCUCCCAGAUAG